GCGGUGCUGGGGGCUAGCUAACGCGCGGUAACCACAGUAACGGCCCCCGGCCGCCGUUGGUGGCGGACCUGCUGGCUUGCACUAUACGCUUCCACAGUCAUGGCGUCAACUCCCGGGUAGACCGGAGAAAUAAUAGUCCCCUACCUACCUACCUACCUGAUGUCCCCACUAAGGCUGGUGCGUGCAAGUCAGGGUAUCGGGGAUAGGUGCGUAUUACUGCGCAUCUCUAGCACAGCACUGGUGCAGAGAAUAACGUUUCUGCUGUUAAACAUUACAAAAGUGAUGCCCGCAAUACCCAGGCAGCUUAUACCAUUUGGCAAAACAUUGAUUAAGGGCCUGAGCCUAGCUGUGAUGACAAAUCAGCCUCGAAACUUUGCUCAGUUUGCAUCUUUGUACUUCACUGCGUUAAUGGAGUACAGAAAAGUACACCCAACUCUGGACAUCAAGGAUCUUGUGAGAGAUUUUCAGCAUCAACAAGUGGAUGCAUGGCCAAAGUCUGGGGCAACUGAAGAACCAAAACCAAAAAUUUCUGGUAACAUAUUUCUAGAAAAAGAAGCAUCAUCUCAUAUUGCAGGAAAUAUGCAUCAAGACUCUCUUCCUGGACAGGCUGCAGCUACUAAGAGGCUUCCACUGCAUCGGAUUAUAUCAAACCCAAACUUCCAGCAGCCAUCAGUAGAUCGUGGUCCAGGACCGGAAGUAAUAGGGUGUACAGAAAGUGAGCAAUACCAGCAACAGGAGCAGAGAAGAUCAGGGGUGGCUGUGUCUUUGAGACAAAGUGAUGAUGACCCUUAUUUAACUUCUACACAGAUCAUACACAAUGUGUUACCUACAACACAACCACUCACAACAAAAAACAUUGGAGAAAAAGUUACUGUUAUACCAAGCACACCUCCUCUAAUGAUACACAGAAUGGAACCAGAAAUGUCUGAUGAACAGGCUUGUGUAACCACCAUUGCAAAGCAAAAAAUACUUAUUUCUAAGCUGCAAAAUACUGAGCAUGUUGACAAAUUCCUUCCCAGUACCUUACAAAAUUUACCUGAAGCAGACAUAACCACAGAACCAGGUUCUGCAGGACUGUUGUCAGUGGAUCUAAAAUCGACAAUGUUUGCAGAGAGACGGAGAUUAAAUUCAAAAUCGUACAAUGUGGCAGCGACCCAGACACCAUCACAAUGUGACAAAAUAUCUCGUGAGACACAAACACAUAAAAUGCCAUCUACCUCCAGUGGUUCAAGACCAAAAAGCAGAGUCACUUUUUUUAUACCAGAAGAUGACGAAGACACAUCAGCAGAAUUGCCAGUCUCCUCUGAAGAUCCUUCUCAGUAUGAUCCAUUUGAUGUGGAGCAAAUGCCACAAAGUAUAUUGGGUCCCUCACAACCUGAAAGCAAGCAGCAGUCUCUGUACAUGGAGUCUCCAUCUAUUGUGCAUCAGCAGCAUCCAGCAUUCAAAAUGAGUAAAUAUAUGAAGCACCUUGUUUCUUAUUUUCCCAAAAGAUUGUCCAGCCCACUACAAGUCACCGAGAAAAGCAUAGAAGAGGAUUCGUAUGAAUGUGCAACUCCAGAGUCGCCUGAAAGUACUGAUGCGAUGCAGGGGAACACACUGGACAGUAAAAUGGAUGCAUGGCCAAAGUCUGGGGCUGUUGAAGAACCAAAACCCCAAAUUUCUGACAACAUAUUUCUAGAAAAAGAAGCAUCAUCUCAUAUUGCAGGAAAUAUGCAUCAAGACUCUCUUCCUGGACAGGCUGCAGCUACUAAGAGGCUUCCACUGCAUCGGAUUAUAUCAAACCCAAACGUCGAGCAGCCAUCAGUAGAUCGUGGUCCAGGACCGGAAGUAAUAGGGUGUACAGAAAGUGAGCAAUACCAGCAACAGGAGCAGAGAAGAUCAGGGAUGGCUGUGUCUUUGAGACAAAGUGAUGAUGAUCCUUAUUUAACUACUACUCAGAUCAUACACCAUGUGUUACCUACAACACAACCACUCACAACAGAAUACAUUGGUGAAAAAGUUACUGUUAUACCAAGCACACCUCCUCUAAUGAUACACAGAAUGGAACCAGAAAUGUCCGAUGAGCAGGCUUGUGUAACCACCAUUGCAGCACAUGAAACACUUGAUAGGGGUGUACUGACUGAUCAGAUGGAAGGAGGGCCACUGCAAAAUAAUGUGUCUGGACAUGUAGACAUCAUUCUUUCCAGUACCUUACAAUAUUUACCUGAAGCAGAUAUAACCACAGAACCAGAUACUGGGGAAAAAGUAAGUGUUAUAGGAAGCACAUCUCCUGUAAUGAUACACAGAAAGGAACCAGAAAUGUCCGAUGAGCAGGCUUGUGUAACCGCCACUGCACCACAAGAAAUACUCAGGAAGGGUGUUCUCACUGAUGCUCAGGUGGAAGGAGGGCCACUCCAAAAUACUGUGUCUGGGCCUGUUGACAUCAUUGUUUCCAGUACCUUACAAUAUUUACCUGAAGCAGACAUAACCACAGAACCAGUUUCUGCAGGAUUGCUGUCAACGGAUCUAAAAUCAACAAUGUUAACAGCAAGACAGAUAGUGACCUCACAAUCAUACAAUAAUGUGGCAGCAACCCAGACACCACCACAAGGUGACAGAAGUUCUUGUGAGACACAAACACCUACAGUUCCAUAUACUCCCUCAUAUAAUGUACAAUUAGAGGGUAACAGACAAGUAGCUGAAAUGUCUGAUAAGACUGUAUAUAUCCCUACUGAGGAUGCAUCUACGGUGCACAUUAUUAAUGCUACCACUAGUGUGACCGAGCCUACAAUGUAUAUUGCGGAGCAAACAUCUGCCUAUUGUGACACAAGACCAAAACACAGAGUCACUUUUUUUAUACCAGAAGGUGACCAAAGCACAUCACCGGAUCUUCCAGUCUCUUCUCAGGAUCCUUCUCAGUAUGAUCCAAGUAAAGUGGAGCAAAUGCCCCAAACUGUAUCGGAUCCCUCACGAUGUGUUAGCAAGCAGCAGCCUCUGUACAAGGAGUCUCCAUCUACUGUGCAUCAGCAGCAUCCAGCAUUCAGCGUGACUGAGUAUGGGAAGCAUCUUGUUUAUCAUGUUCCCAAAAGAUUUUAUAGCCCCCUGCAAGUCACUGAGAAAAACAUAGCAGAGGAUUCAAGUGAAUGUGGAACUCCAGAGUCACCUGAAGGUGAGAAAAAAACAGUAAACGUGUCUUCAAUAAAUGAACUUGCUGAUUUGAACCAACAAAAAACCUCUCUUGAAAAACACAAACAGAGAACAAAUGUUUUUAUCCAGAAUAAUGAGGAAUUAUCAAGAUCAGAGCGCCUAGACAGAUCCAUGUAUUCAACAUAUUCUCCGGGGCCAAAACAAGUAAGCGGGGAAUACCAGCUCUAUCCAUGUAUGGAACAGCUUCCACCAUCCAGUGUGCAGCCAAUGGCAAUCACAUCUCCAGUUUAUAUUGGGGCUGAUGAAGCCAAAGAAGCUGUGAAUGCUUUUCCUCAAAGUCUGGUUGGUGACGAUGUACAAAAGGCACAUGACGGGAAAUCUCUUCCUGGACCUGCUGUCUCUUCAGGGAACAAUCACAUUAUGCCGCAGACACCUGCCACAGAUCGCUAUACCCAUGAUCCUCUGAAACAAGCGCCAGAUGUGGGCACCCGAAAAGCUCCAGUGUAUGUCUCUGUCAAGAUUAGAGUUGAGGAUUUACAAAGAUUGCUUGGCACCCACUCUAUCUCUCAUACUGGUGAAGCAAGAUCUGCACUGAAUAUUGUGGAGGCUGAUGCCAUUACUACUGCAGUGGCAAACUCCAUGGCAGCUCAGCAGAAUACGAUUGAUGCAGAUUAUGACAGACCAUCUGAGGCAUUGAAAAUGGAUAAAUAAAGCACAAUCUGUUUAAGAAUACUUCUGCCUAAUUAUAAGAGUGUUACCCUUGCUAGGUAGAUGCAUUUGGUUUAGAUUAUCUGGAAAUUGGCCUCUUGCCCUACCCCUGCGAACUUGUCAUCUCCAAGUUCCUUUACUCGCAUCUUUCCCACACCAUCCCCAUUACCCCUAGGUUUACUCUUUAUCUCAUGUUUGUUUCUCUCUCUUUUCUUUUACUUUAAAUUCCAUGUCUUUAUAAUAAAUGUGCUUUAUGCAUUACAUUCUGAGGGUUUGCCCCUUAUGAUCUUUUUUAAUGCACUUACUAACUGUUGUUACAUGUAACUGUUCAUUAUAUUCUCCUAGUGUCACUUGUUCAGCAUAUGUCUACAACUUGUUUUUUUCUGAUGGCAUGCUGUUGUGAUUAUUGCAACCUGUGGACUGUACACUUUCUUUCUUUGAAAAUAAAGCAUUUGUGAAAAAACAAAGAA